UCUUUUUUACGCCCCCCGCAACACCCCGCUUACACCCCCUCCCCCUCCUCGAUCCCCGACUGGAGGGAAGUUGACGAGAGAAAAAAACAAUUUUUGUGUGUGCAAGAAAAACUGAGGCAACAGGAUAGGGAAAAAAGAUGACUUUCUUCUCCGGUUUUCGUGUUAUGAGAAACAUUUUUCAGUGAUUUUCCAUAGCGCAGGAACAAUUUCAUACUCGAGCACUAAGAACUGCGAUUCCGUUGCACUGUGUUCUUCGGUGGUGAAAAAAGUGGAGAGACAUUUUCCCAGAAAUUGCCCCACGGAGAGAAAAAAGUAAUCGAUAGAGGGUGGUUUUGUGUGGUGUACAAGUUUCAAAUAGACCAUCCCCAGCUACAGUGAGGAGUUGUUGAAAAACUGCAACAGAGACCAUCACGUGUCGUUCGCGAACAAGUGUCAGUGCGGAGGAGACGGCAAAUCCUCACGAAGCGAGACCCAGGGAGAGACAAAGAGUGGACAGAUGUGAGAAAUCAUGAUAACUGGUGACUUGACUAUCGUGAAGUGCGAUAAAUAAUUUCUACGAUCAUAUCAGAUGCACACAAAGUCGUCGCAAAUGUUCGUGCCAUUACUUGUUGCGUCACACUGUGCUGUGACGUCAGACGGAAACGCAUUUUUCAUUUCACCGUUGCCACUAUUUGGACAGUUUUUCGCAAAUAUCACGGCCACCGCGACGAGUACCACAGACACUCAAUCAAUAAGUGAAGUUAACGAAAAAGCUAUCGGUAGCCGACAAAAAUGGCGGAUUGUUCUUAUGCACGUUGUGUUCAAGAGAGAAGAUUUAUAAAGCGUGAACUGCAGAAAUGGACUAAGAGCAUGGUUUAUAUUGUAGGUUUAGAACGAGUCGCUGAAGAAUUGAUGGGACGCAGGAAAUGGAAACUGUACCAAGAAGUUCUUGCCCAAUCACAUAUAAAUACAAAUUCAACAAGUUUAGCGCAAAACAAUACAUCAACAGAUUCCCCGAAUCAAAACAACGGAAAGCAGGAGCUAGUGGAAAAAGAUUCUACACUGGGUUCGCAGACGCAAUCCACCUUGGAGAACCAUUCCAAAGAGAGAGGGGCCACGACGGAGGAUACCGAAAUCAAAGAGCCCAGCACAAGUCAAGACGAAGCAGAGCAUCAUCAACCUCAGGCCGCGGGCGACACACUAGCAGAUCCUGAGGUGAAGACGUCAGAGAGUAACGCGAGUGAUAUCAAAGGCAUCACAGUCAAGUCGGACGAGGAAUUGCUGGACACGAGACCGCCAAAGCCUGUGGAUUGGCGGCCUCAGGACAAGUGUUAUUUCUGUGUGGACGGCAAACUGCUCGCAGUGAACGAACGCGGAGAGCUCACACCCCUAGAGUCCGACAGUGAUUCUAGCGAGAGCUGCUCCGAGGCUGAAGUACAAAAUCCUGCGGCUGCCUUCGCAGCAGCCACGCAGAAAUCGGUGGCCGCCUUAUUGCGAGGUUCCAUACCUCCAAAUAUGACUUCGCUGGAGUCUAUGGCCGCCCAACUUGCAGCAGUGGCAUCUCUCCAAGGGCUACCAACCAUGCCGGGUCUGGCUCAAUUUUACCCAGGACUGUGGUACCAGCAAUUCUCCCAGCACAUGCCCCACGCGGGCGCCGGGGGAAACGCAGGAGACAUGCUAGCUUCAGGAUCGUCCACGAGUGGAGCCACAACGAGUCCCACGAUAAAGCCCUCGAACAGCCCCAGUGAGACGAUCACAAACAGCGAGCAGCCGUUAGACUUAAGUGCAAAAUCAUCACUGUCGUCCUCGACGGCCCUGGAUCCCAAGCACAUUUUCAAAGCUAAACCUCGAAUGUCAGCUGUGGCCGGUCGACGAACGUACACAGAGGACGAAUUACAAAAUGCUUUACAGGAUAUCUUGAGUGGUAAGUUGGGCACCAGGAGGGCUGCGGUCCUCUAUGGCAUUCCGAGGUCAACACUUCGGAACAAAGUAUACAAAUUGGCAAUGGAACAGAAACGAGAGGCUAAUAUACAUCAACUGGUAGCACCAGUGUUGGAUUUGGAUGAUGAAGACAAGGACUUGUCUGGCGGCGAGGACGAGAAGGAGGUGGAGAAAGCGCUGAGUUCUCUGCCGUCCACGCAGGAGGAGUUGCUCCGUCUCACAUCAUCACAGUCUCUGGCGCACAAGUACAGCAAGAUGUACGACGGGGCGUCGAGUUCAAAGAACACGGACAUGUCCAGUGAGGUGAACAAGACACCAUCAACGCCUCAGAUGCCCCUGCAGGCGGCACCGUGGCUAGAUCCGCACGUGCUUCUCCAGAGCUUGUUGCUCACCGGAGGCCUGGGAGCCCUGCCGGGGCUGAUGCAAAUGAAGUCUGAGGACGGCGCCGCGGCGGCCGCUGUUCUGCCUGAACUGCUGCGGACGCUCAUGCUGCAACAGCAGGAGUUGCUGAAGAAGCAGAUGGAGAGCACGAAUCAGGCGAGCAGUGAUCACUUGAACAAUGGCAAACCACCGGUUCCCGAUCCUAGACUUCUCAUGCCAAACCUGUCUUUGUCGCAAUCCCAUCAACCAACAAGUCCUUACUUAAAUCGCACUGCAAAGACAGACGCAUCCGAGUCGGCCCUCCCAAGUGCAGCCAGUGCAAAUGAUAGUGUAGAUGACUCUGCUGUGAUAUUGAAAAUUCCGUCCUUCAAACCUGUAGCCGGCUCCUCUACGCCAAUCGCGAGCGUAGGCAAGAAUGGAGACAGCACGCCUCAGUCUCAGACAGCUGCCACCACACCAAUCCACUCAAGGAGUCCACAGCAGAGCCAUCUCGGAAUAUCGCCACCGCUGAUGCGCCAGAGCAGUGAAUCCCAAUCACCGCCGAUGUCCAGCAAGAGCACUCUCUCGCUGCGCGACGUCAUCGCUCAGAGCAUCAGCAAGAACUUCCAGCAGCACAUGCCCGAGCCGUCGGCCCCGCCGCCCAUGCACAAGCAGAGCGAUCACGGAGACAUGGGUCCGUCGCCGGACCACUACAAGAGGCCAAGCAUCUCUGUGAUCAAGAGCCUGGGCGGAGACAUGAGCCGCUUCGGCGGCGGCGGCAACCUCAUGUCGAACAGCGCCUCGGCGCAGUCCGCCACGGGCACCGGCGGCAAGGGCACCAGGCCGAAGCGCGGCAAGUAUCGCAACUACGACCGCGACAGCCUGGUGGAGGCCGUGAAGGCGGUGCAGCGCGGCGAGAUGUCCGUUCAUCGGGCCGGUAGCUACUACGGCGUGCCACAUUCCACCCUUGAGUACAAAGUCAAGGAGCGACACCUCAUGCGCCCGCGGAAGCGCGAACCGAAGCCACAGCCACUGGACGAUCGCAUGGGCGGUGGCUCGGUGUCCAACAAGUCUUCAGACAUUCCAAGUGCAGCAAACAUGCGAAGUGGUCUGGAUAAGAGCAAAGUCCUUCCAACAACAAAGCCGCCGCUGAAGACACCACCCUUCACCGGGUCGCCGAAUGGACUGAAGAUGCCAUUCAUAGAUCCAGCGAUGGCCGCCCAGUUUCAAUAUACCUCACCCCUCUUCUGGCCACAUCCAUCUAGCUUUAGUGGUCUCCCGAUGGAUUUCACCCGGACACCUGGUCCCUCAUCAUUCCCACCGAAUGCAGCUGACAAUUUUUAUGCAUCACACAUUAUACAAAGAAUUCAGGAGCAAUCUGUCCGACACCAAAACGUUAGCGGAUCUGUUACGGCCAGUAGUUCGACACCCAGUAUCAGCUCCAAGAACAUCCUAAGCACCGCAGCUGCGGGCAGUGUACCCAAGACGGCUCGCGAGUUGGCCGAGAGCCUCUACGAUGGCGCCAACGCCAACGGCUCCUUCUUGGACGGUAUCAUACGUCACAGCCUGGACCGGAAGCCCAGUGAAUUGCCCCACGGAGCCCUGUUAGAUCAUCUAGUGAAAAAUAGUUUACCAAGUACAUCCGUGAGCGACGAGGGCGGCGGCACCGCGUCCAAACGGACCGCGAGUCCCGCCUCGUUCGCGCACGAGGUGAAGAAGGAGCGCAAGAGUCCUCUGUCGCUCGUUAGUGGCGCCGGUAGUUCAGUUCAGGACAAAGAGCAUUCCUCCAUUUUCACCGACAUGUCGAAAGAAUCUGUUGAUAAUUUGCUGAAAUUGCGGGAGGGACUGUCCCUUCGGCGAAGUUCUACCGAAGAUCACAACGGAAGCACGACGUCGAACGAUGACAAGCUGAAGAUCAUGUCAUCAGAGAAUGAGGACAGUUCGUAGAAUUAGUCCCCAGAUCGAUGCGCUUGCAUGCAGCGCAUUUAAUGCAACAUCUUUACAUUCUUCGAUGUGACUCAGAAAUUCACAACAAUAAGCUAAAAAGAUAAAAAAGGAAAGAAACAGAAAACAAGAAAUUAAUAGUAAGAACAUUAUUCACAUAUAUAGGUAUAUAUUUUCGUAUACGUUAGCUGAUAAGACGUACAAGUGUUGACUUAAGAGGAAUAUUUUAUAUUUAUAGUAACAUAUAUUUUCUUUCGUUCUGACAAUCGACAUAUAGGCCCCUUCUGAAGAAUGAAAAAAAUAAACUACAAAACAAACAAAGAUCUUCAAUAAGUGAAAAAGAGGAAAAUAAAGCGAAACCAUCAGUAACAAAACAAUAUUAAUGCAAAUAAAAUGAACCGACAAAUAACCUUACAAGAAUCAGCGUUGAAUCAAACAUAAUCACAAGAGGAGGGUGGAUUUUUGCCAAUCUCAUGACAACAUUUUAUGUCUCUCACAACUUUCAACACUCCAUAGUCCAACCGCGGAUUACAAAGCAUAUUAUAUCUUCGAGAAAUUCCCCAAUGAUUGAGUGUAACAUUAACGCGAGGAUGAAUUUUAUUUUCCAAGAAAUGUGCAACUUAAAUUUUCCUAUAUCACCUUUUUUUGUAUAUCCCAAUCGUGAGAUCAUUUUUUUUAUAUACAUUAUAUGUGUAAUUAUGUGAUUUUUAUAUUUAAUAAUUAGAUUGCCUAGUAUUUUUGCAACAUUUGGCCAUGUAAUCUAUUGAAUUUGUAUGCGAUCCACAAGACACUCGCAUGUUUUUCCGUUCGACAAUAUUUGUUAUAAUGGCUGUUUUUGGGCUAAUGGCAGCCGUUACAAUUUUUCUUAUCAUAACUUUUAAAUAAAAAUUUCUUGAGAACCUGAACGUCUGGAUAACGCGAAAUUGAAAAAUAUUUGAGAACUAACGUAAAAGUAAAUAUAAACUAAAAUAUAUAAAAAAUAAAAUUUGGUGUUCAAAAUUUAUCAAAAAAAAACAAGAAAAAUUAAAGUAUAUUACAUAUAAACGUAAUCAAUGCAUUCCAAUAUACACAUUUAUAUGUUUGACGUUUACUAUAUUUAUGCAAAAAUACACAUUUGAUGUUGAACCAUAUUUAGCAAAAAAAAGUCAAGAAAAAGUGAAGAAAAACUGAUUGUAAGAAUAAUCUCUAAAAAUUAUAAAUGUUCGCAUAAAGUCAUGGAAUAUUUAGCAAGGAAAAAAUGAUCACUAAAAAAUUGUCACGGAGAAUCGCAUUUACUAUUUUAAACACUAAAUUAAAAUUAUCAAAAAGACAACUUACACUUUACUAUCCAUACAUUUAAUAUAUGUGUGUGUCUUCACGUCGCGUAUACCUCAAAAAUAUUUUUAUUAAAUAUUUAGUGUAAAAAAUCAAAAUCUUAAAAUUAUAUGUAUACAUAAAGAAUUUUAUUAAUGAAGGAAGAAAAACCAACAAAUAAAACUAUUCAUUUAUCACUACUGGUAAUAUACAAUUUGAAAAACACAAGAAAAAAUUAUAAAUUUUGCUAUAUUCGUGUUGAAUGUAAAAUGCAGAAAAAUUACUCUUCUACCUUUACCUUAUUGCAUAACUUAUCACAGUUUUACAUUCAGAGUGAAGAUAAAAUAAGACAUUUUCCCCCCAAUUUUAAAAAAGAAAGAAAAUCAACAACAACACAUUCAAUGGAUGAUAUUUUGAAAGAAGAUGGAGUGUCAAAAAAUCUUGGAAAUAGAUUAGCGAGAAGAAAAUUUAUAAAAAUAUUAUACACUAUCUGUGAUUUUUAAUCCAAAAUUUUGAUGUAUAUUUUCUCAAAAAAUGAAGAAAAUAAUGAAUUAAAUGAUAAAGAGAUAAGCAAAAGAUAUGGGCAAAACACUUUAGGCGCAGACGUUUGAAGUUUAGGAUGUAAAAAUGUCUGAUGAAAUAAAAGACUUCAAAAUCUUAUCUAUUAUCACAAAAUUUCUUUCAUAUUUUUUAUGUUUAGAAACAUACCAAUAUAUUUUUGAAAAUAUUUUUGCUAUAUAUAUUUCUAUCAGACACAAAAAGGAAGUUUUCUAUAUUCAUUCUAAAAAUAAAAAAUGGUAAAAAUUUCAAAACAGAUGAAUAGAGGAAAAUUAAACAUCAAAAACGGUUUUUCUAAAGUUUCUUAUAUACAUAAAUAUAAAAAGCAGAGAGAAUAUGGAAAAAAUGAGGAAUGGAAGAAACAAAAACAAAAAACAAAAUUUUAUGUAUUGAAAAGGUAUAACAAUAAAAGUUUUUAGUUUAAAAACAAAGAAGAAGAAAAUUAAAGUGCAAUUAGAACGAUUUAACGCUAACAUAUUCGUUAAAAGAAAAAAAAUAUUUAAAAAUGAAAAUGAAAAAAUAGGGAAGACAUAAUUAUUCUAUUUACAUUAUUGAAUAGGUAAAAGAUGAAGAAAUAUUAGCAGUUGUAAGUUAGAAAAAUAUACUUUAAAAAAGAAGUGAAAGAUUUUUUAAAGGAAAUCAAAACCCAAGAAACAACAAAAUCAACUAAAUGACCUUUGGGGUAUGUGUUUUAUAUUCGGAGAGAAAUAAGAUUGACUAUUAAAAUGAGGAAGAUUCACAAAAAGAGAAACAAAUUUAUCAAAUUCUUUAAGUCCAGUUGAUAUAAUUAGUGCAAUUGAGUUCUUUUUUUAAAGAAACCUUUUUUGUAAAAAAACAAAACUGAAUUUAUAUUUAUUUUUUUCUUAUUAUCGUUUGUUUUAUCAAUUUUCCAGAAAAUGCAGUCUGCUAAUUGAUUUGUUCUCUUCAAUAUAUAAUUUGUAAACGCCGAUUUUGUUUACUGUAUCAGCGCUUUUCAAAACCCCGGCACUAAAGUAUUGACAUAUCAGUGAACUGUGACACAAUUCGGAAAAAUUAUUAUUGACAUCAUACUUUAAGUUUUGAUUAUGAUUUUCUUUCAUUUUACUUUUGCUGUUACUGCAAGUUACUUUUUUCAUACCUAAGCUUCAGAGGAGCUGUACAAUUUUUUUUUGGAUGAAACGAAAUUCAGAUGGUCAUAAGAAAUUACCCCAAGAAGUACAUUUUUUCGAUUAGAAAAUGCUAAUAUUGCUGAAAAUAAGAUCUAAAAGUCAGUUACAGAUGAGAAAAGGAAUACAUACGAGUUUUCAAGAUCAUGUGAAGAAGCUGCAAACUACAUACCACAACCCUCCCUCAGAUAUUCUACGCCGACAGUCGAUUGUUAAACCGAAACCGAUCAUACUUAACCAGACAAAAACAUUGAAAUAGAACCGGUUAGAAACAUAGCUCUUACGCUAGUUUCCACAUAACUACACCACACAAUACACACACUUUUUUACAGUACAUAAACCUACAAUAGUAAUAUAAUAAUUAAAUUAAUAGAACAAUACUUUCCGUUUCUCCAUAUUGAUAUUGAGAUUUGCUAUGAAACAUAGUCACACCACAAUCAUACAUACAUAACUAAUUUAAUCUAAAUAACACAACACUUAAAUAAAUCACACAGAAAAUAGCAAAAUAAAAUGAAAGUUUCCAAUUUUAACAGAUGAAUAAAUAUAUAAUAAUUUACAGGACAACAGAAGAGAAAAAAAACACGCGUUUGUUUCAUAAGAGCAUUUCACAAAUAAUAAUUAAAGAAAAAUAAAAUAGCAGAUGAAGAGUUAAAACCCAGUGAGAACAGAAGCAGUAUGAAAUGAUUUUUUUUUAAAUUCCAGAGAACGACAUUUAAGAUUGUAAUGUAUGUAGGAUUAUAAUUAAAUCAAUAAAAUAAAGAAAAAAACAAAAAAGUACAAUUAAUCAUAUUACAAUAAUUACGUUAAAGGAAAGAUUUUUAAAAAUGAGAAAGGCAGAACAUGUAUUAACACAAUAUCAAUAAUGAUACAUUCAAUUUUACAAUAGCCCGUAAACUUUAUUAAUUAUUGAUAGAGAAAAUUUAAAAAUACUUACAUCAUAAACAGAAACAAAAGAAACCAGGAUACUAUACAUAUAGGUAAUGCAGUAGCAAUUGAAUAGUUUGAAGUGAAAAUGAAUUGCAAGAGAAGACCUCAUGCCAUGGGUAGAGAAUGUGGCAAAUGUCGUUCCACACAAUAUCAUCUUAAUUCCUUAUUAUUAAUCCCAACUUCACAAUCAGGGUUUCAUUUCACCCUUUUUUCCCUACUCCACAGUAUCGAAUAUUCCAAACUGAGGAAUUCUCAAAUGACUUUUAUCCUCACAUACUAGACAUAUCGAUGAAAUAAUCCCAAAAAAACAGAAGCUUCGCUUAAGGCAGAAUUUAACUUGAUUAUAAGCUUUGAGUAAAUUCUACACAUUUUGCAGUGUUGUUCGCAACAUUUUGUCAGAGAAAUCGUUGAACGAGAAAGGAUAUAAUGGGUAAAAGCAUCCCCUAUGGGCAUUUUUUAAUGUCGCAUUUUGUGUAAAUCGCAGUGAAAAGAAAUUUAAAUGUACGAAAUUGAGUAUACUAAAUGUCUGGCUUACAGGUUAGGUAAAUCCAAAAGAACACACUUUUUACUAUACUGUUAAAAAAAAUUGAUCGCCAUCUACUUAAAAUCUAUAUUCUCUAAAAGAUCUCUCCGUAAUUCAAGGAUAAUGGGAGUUACAUACAUCUUAAAAAACCGGUUUCAGGCAUAAAACGUUAAGACCGAUUGUCCUUUUACACUCACACAUCAGUCAUGCAAACGAUGUAGGCGAUGUAGACACAUUACAUAACAAAGAAUAGUGUUACGCUAGGACUAAAUGCAUGAACUAAAGCACUAUUGUUUUUUUUAUCAUUUCUAUAGAGGAUACUUUACGCAGUAAAACUGGCAAAACUUAAAUGGAAAUUGUAAAUGACAGUGAUCACAUAAUCGAAACUUGCUGAGAAUUCAUUAUCAUCAUUAUGUCUAUCAAAGCUAUGCUCUCCACUUCUGAUUCAAAAUUUAACCAAUUGGCGUGAUAUUUCGUUCAAAAUUGUGAUAAUGCAGAAUAUUGACAAAAUAUUCGGUAUACGUAUUUUCGUAGUGUGAUAUUUUUUCAAAAAAUAAAAAAAUGAAACAAUUUGGUAAUAACCUUUAGAACACUUUGAGUGUGAAAAAUCUAUGUGACCACCGUCAUUAAAUACAUUAUAUAAAAAAAUUUGGAUGUAAACAAAAAUUGUAAGAAUAUAUAACUGUCCAAAAUGUAUUUCUAUUUUUAUAAAUAAACGUAUGUCUCUAUGUGAUACAUGUAAUAUCUUAUGUAUUGAGAAAUUUAAUGUGAAAGAAUUAAAUUUCAAACUACAUAAACGUAUAUUAAGGGUGUAUAACACUUGAUAAAAUGUGUCUAAUUUAGCGAUAUCAGAGUAACAGAAUGACAAGAUACUUCAUAUACAAGUUAAAUUCUAUCCAAGAUUGAACGUAUCAAAACACUUUUGAAAAGAACCCGUGGUCCAAAAUCUCUAUUAUUGCGGAUGAAAAAGAACUAUUUAUACAUAAUAUACACUAUCAAUUUUUUGCAAUUCUAUUCAUUCCAUUUCUCUACAUUGAACACUUUUCCUCCAAUCCUUAGGAAAUGCUAUGUUUCGAUGUACUGUGUUUUGGUGAAAAUCAAAAUGAGAGUCAUUGUGUAAAGUAAGCAACUGAACCUGUAUAAUUUUAUGGUAAUUUAUAAUCAGAAAUAAUUAUAAAAUUACAUGUUUUCUAUUAAACUUUUUGUAGCUGGAAAUUAAGAAAGAAAAACAACUAUUUGCAUUCUUUAUUGUUGGCAUUGAGCAAAGGAAUACAUAGCGGAAGUGAAUGAAAUGAUACUUGAAUGUAUAUUGAUACAAAGGAGUAAAAAUAUAAGUUUUUAGUAAUGAUACUACCUGUAGUAUAAAGUAAUUUAAUGAUAAUGCAUAUACCUAAAUGGUUAGGCUAAGACAUUGCGAUGAUGUAUAAAAAAAAUUAAGAAAUGGAAAAGAAUCACUUUCUUUGAGGAGAAAUAUUUUUUAAAAAUUAUGUAUAUAGAAAAUAUUAGAGAAUAGAUUAUUAAAAAUUCUACUUUAUUGUCUUUUAUUGCUUAAUUUUUUUUAAAUAUUAAGUAGAGAAAGAGGAUUAAAAUUGUGAAAGGAAUACGAGAAAGAAUUAUAUUAUUGAAAUUUUGUAGAUCGAUAGGUAAAAAGAAGGCAUUACAGUGUAAUUGGCUCUAUUGAGUUUUCAUAUAUUAUACACAUACAUGCAAUCAUAUUAUGUACAUGAUGUAUGUAUUUUAUUAUUACAAAAAGGAAAAAGUAACAAGAAUGAUGAUGGAGAAAGCAUGUUAUGGAUAUUUAUACAGGUGACAAAUUUUUAUAUUUAGAUGAAGAGCGAUGAAUAUAGAAUGAGAAAAGACAUUUAAAAUGAGAAAUCAGUUAAUAAAAGUACAUUUUACUUUAUGUUGUGUUUCUUUUUCGUUUGAGUUUUCUUUUUUUUAAUACAGUGGAAGGAAUAAAAUGAAUUGUGAAAAUUACAGUGCGUUUAUUGUAUGCGAAAUAUUUCAUUGUACUUUUCACAUUUUUACAUAAUAAAACAUCAACUGUAUGUAUAUUGUUGUUCUUUUUUAAGUUUUCAAUCAUUAGCAAUUUUUAUAUUACAUUUUUUUUUAUACACACACAAAAUUUCUAAUCAAUUGCAUAUUAAUUAAUACAAUAGCUGAUAAAACAGACACAAAAAGUCCCUAUUAGGGAAAUUGCUGGUUUAUUGUUAGGAAAUCUACACUCGAGACAAGAAAUUAUAUUGAUCAACAAUAAAGCAGGAAUUUUUUGAAUUGGAUUUCCGUAAUAAAAAUUAAAAUAGUACUCUAAUAUUCAAAGCAAUAAAAGUCCAAGCUGAUAGUGAUGGAAUUUUCGUGUCACAGCGAAAAGCGAGAAAAUUUCUCAGAAUGCAGAAAAGGAAGUCAAUCGUCUUGGUAUUUUAUUGCAAUUCAGCAUAAUAAAUACACACCCACACUCAGAAUAACUACUAAAUGUUGCAGAACACACUAAAAUUAAUUAAUAUACAAUAGCAGGUUAAAUGAAUUUUAACAGAUUUUCCCAUUUUAAAAUCACCCCCACACAAAAUCCCUCAAGCAGGAAUUCUCAUAUACAAUUAUGUUUCACACUCAUGUUAAAGUAAAUAAAGAGAAACAACCAAACCAAACAAUAAUUCAUAAAAUUAGCUCUGUAAUAUUUUAUUGACAAGAAAGGAAGAAAUGUUAGAUAAAUAGGUGACAGUUGCAGAUCUAAAAGCGAAAUACAUAUAUAUACUUUUAAAUGUCAUUUAGGCGCCACAAACAAAACAUGAUAAUUACAAGGAUCUAAGAAUUUAAUUGUCAUUUUGCAUUGAAAAUUUCACGCCAGCUAAUUGUUUUACUAAUAUUUAAGAAAUGACAAGAAAUAGUAAUUCACACAAAUGCUUGAAAAGUAACAUAAAAAAAACAACAUUCAACAAUAGUUUUAUAACAAUACAAGCCCACCAAACUAAUAGACAGCAAACAAUCCGAAGAGUUUCCAAAUUCAGAGUGAGUGCGGGACAAUGACCAACAUCCGGAUCGUUGAAGCAUAUUUGAAUUGAAACUAGAAUUGCUCCCAGCCGCAUUUUGAGUCUGGAAAAAAGUUCAAAAGCUCUUAAGUUUCUUCAGUACAUAUUUUUGAACAGUGAACCAACAUCAACACUCAGAAUACUCAAUACCAAUUUAUUCACAUAAUGCAAUUGUUGAAGAAGUCAAUCAUUCUGUAAACAGUCGUCAACAUUUCAAUAGUAAGAGGGUGAUUUUGAAUUCGCGAAAAACGAUGAAUAUUUAAAAAAAAAAUUUAGAGGGAAUAAUUUUUCCUUUUUGUGUAAUUUUUUUUUAAUGUCACAAAGGCAACAGAAAUGAGAAGAACAUGAUAAAGAUACACGAGAAACUUAUUAUGUAGAAAAUAACACAAUUUAUUACCUAUAGUUGGGACCAAAAGACAUAAUGGAAAGGAAACACUUUUUGGCACUUUUUAUUUCCUUAAUGUUAUGCGGCCAUUUUAUCUUCGACAGAAAAGAAAAAUCAUACAAAUUUUGAAGGCAGUGUUAGAAUGAAUCAUUGACAAUGUCUAAAAGAAAGUACUUUCAAUUAUGAAAUUUCCAUUUCUUUUCAAUCCAAGGCCAUUCCAUAAAAUUAAAGACUUGUUUUCCUAAUUUAGGUACGAAAAGACAUUAUUUUGUUAUAAACUUUUGAGUACGAUGAUUUUAUGGGGGAAAGAGAAUCUGCAUGAAAUAUCAUUAUAAAUAGUGUAUACAUAAGAAAUAUCUAUAUGGUGACUAUAUUUGCCUUUAAGUGUCACAUAUAUUUAAUAUUAAAAGGAAAAAUUGUGGAUUGUUAUUAGAUAUAUUGUAAGGAAAAAAUUAUUUAAAAAAUCAACAUAUUUAAAUAUACAUAUUUAGGAACCAACAUUAAAAUGAAAUUGACGUGAUUUUUUCACACAUACGUGUUAAAAAGAAAUAUAAAACAUUGCAUUAUGGGCGGUAAAUAUUAGAAAAUUAUCUAUUGAAAAGAGCGGAAAAAGAGAACAAGCGAAGAAUUGAAUUUUUCAUGAAAUCGGUACUCUGAUUUUAUUAUUGUAACAUUGUAACAUUAUAUUGGAAACCUUUCUUGCUUUAAAUCGGCCAAUCAUCUUUACAACUUACUAGUGAAAAAGAAUAUAAGAACUCAAUGUCUGUGGUAUGCUUCGGAGUAAAAAAGUAAAUAAAUUUAGUGGUAGUCACGAGAUUAUGAUGUAUGUAACUGAAGAAUUUGGCUUUACUUCGUAUUAUCACAUUAUUUUAUCCGAAAUGUGUUAGUAUAUCAACUAUGAAGCAUAUUUUUCUUUUCAACUCAAAAAAUAAAAUGACCUGUUUGAUAAAUGGAAAGAUGGAAACACGUGUAAUGAAAUUAUUGUAAAAUUACCCCUAUUUUUGUACUCAAAACUUUCACUAGAAAAAAAAUAUUGAAAUGAAAGUAAAGGAAAAAAAGAAAUGAAAUCAAAGUAUUUAUGUAAUUGCUAAAAGAAAAAUUGUAAUAUAUUAUAUAAAUAGUGAAAUUGUUUGAUAAAUGAAAAAUGGCCGAUAUUUUGAAUAUGUUUUUUCCUUUGUGUACUUUUGAAAUGAAAGAAAUUACGAGAGAACGUAAAAACGGAAGGAAGGAAAACAACUAAAGUGACACUCGAAAUGAAAACUAUAAAAUAUAGCAUUUGCUUUGUGGGAUUGUUAUAAACGUUUGACGAAUGGUUUCUUCCAAAAAAAAACAGCUAAUGUAAAAAAUCAUAGGAAGAAAAUAAAGUAAAAUAGAAUAAAAUUACAUAAACAAAAAAAAACAUGUAAUACAAUGUCUUGAUAUGAGAAAGAAAUGAUAGAAAAUAAAAAAUAUGAAAACAAAUCUUAUAAGGUAAAUAAAUUAUUAAACAUUAAAACAAAAAAAACAUAUUGUAAUAUAUUUAUAAUGUGAAUUUGGAAUAACCAGUAUUUAUUAUACUGUAUCAAAUAAAAUGAAAUUGAAAA